UAUUUUUGCCGCAAAUCGAGACGAAUUCCUUAAUCGGCCAACUUCACUCGCAUCAUGGUGGAACCCAAACAUAUUAAGCGGGUUGGACUUGUUAAAACCAGCACAUGGAACAUGGCUUGGAAUAAAUAGAGCAGGAAGAUUUACUGCGGUCACAAAUUUUCAAGAACCUAAAAUCGUCAGUUCAGAAUUUCCACUAUCUCGUGGAGCUGCAGUCAGAUCAAUUUUGGAAUCAGAUUCCCCAUUGGAACAAUGUUUGAAUACUAUUAAAAAUGAAUCGCAUAUGUAUGGUGGAUUUAAUUUAAUAAGUGUAGACUUAAAUGAUGAAAACUCGGAAGUGUUUUAUUUGUCUAAUAGAGGAUCUAUGGAUAUUAAACGUUUAAAUUCUAAAGAAAUAUACGGAUUAUCUAACUCUUUAUUGGAUGAACCUUGGCCAAAAGUAAAGUUUGGUGUUGAUGAAAUGAAAUCAAUUUGUGAGAAAGAACACUCUGAAGAAAAAUUAGUCGAGAAUUUAUUUCGAUUGCUUAGUACCACACAUCCAUAUGAACAUUCAAAUGUCAAGAUGAAUAUUAGAAUACCAAAAUUCGAAGCCCAUGGCACUCGAACAAGUACUGUUGUUCUUGUGGACCGUGAUAAUAAUGUGGUGUUUGUUGAAAAAACUUGGUAUGAUGAAAAUGAAAAUAUUAUUGAAGAUGAACGUGGUCGUUGGUUUAGGUUUAAAAUUG